AUUGAUUUUGGGGUCAAAAGGUCAAAGGUCAAGGUCACAGUGACAUAUUUUCAUCUUACCCUUCUAUCUUUAUCCACCAAACACGGAGUUAGUUCCAGUCUUACUAAACCUGUUUCACUAAAUGUCCCUUGAUAUUGAUACUAUCGGUAGAAAGAGCAGAAGAGACGUAGCCUUAGUCACAAAAUAGCAUAAUUUUUAAAAAGCAAAAAUAUAAAACUGCAAUUAUUGUGAUGAAUUUGGAUAUACAUUCAAUCAAAAUAAUAGAAGAGGAAAAAUAUGUACCAUGCAUACUUGAACCAUGAAGACUGGAGCAUGCUAUUGCUGAGAAAAUGAAAUUACGGAUAAUUCAUUUCAUAACAAAAAAAUCACAUGUGAGAUGGGUACCCCUGGGAUAGUAAAUUUUGAUAAUUUACGGAAGUAAACCACAAUGGUUUUCUUUGUGAAAUAAUGAUAAUUAUAUGUUUAUUUAUUGUUCCAAACAUCAUCAAAAUAUAGUCUAACAUGAAAUUUUUAAUUCUUUAGAUACUGAAACACACAAUUUGACCAAUUCUUUGCAUAAAUUAGAGAUAGGAUUUAUCAAAAUGUUAAUAAGGGUCUGAAAACAACGAAUACGAGUCCAGUUAUGGAUGACCUGACGUAGAAUCUUUAUCGAUUCAAUUAUUUUACUAUUUCAAAAUGAUCAUGGUUUUGUUGCAUUUUAUCAACCAUUUUUAUAGCUUCUGUGCAUUACAAUUAUUAUUGAAUGAGCUAUCACACCCGUUUUGCAAUGUAAUUUCAACUUCUAUGAUUGAUUACGUAAGAUUAUAAUUUCCAAAUUUCGAGGCACUUUUGAAUGUCACAGUCUACCCACGUGAAAGAAGUUAUGACAGGUUCGCAGGUGUCAUAAAUAUUUAAUCAGGUUGUUGUCCCCGAUGUUGGCAAAGAGGGCUUCGUGAAACGGUUAGCAGACAAGUAGCUCACUAUCUCCGAUUUAGUCAAGAAGUUAAACUUAUGACGGUGUUGAGAAAUGGGCCCCUGGUAGCCUCUUGAUUUUGAAGUCGAAAGUUCAAAGGUCAAGAUCGCAGUGACAUGUUUUCAUCUUACCCUUCUGAAGUCCUUGUUAACGCGAUAACUUUAGCUUAACUUAACUUAGGCUCUUAUAAUUUGGUGUGUAUGAUACGAGCAUAGAUCCUAAGAAUUCUAUUGAUUUUGAGGUCAGAAGGUCAAAGGUGAAGUUACCACCUUCCACUUUUCUUGCUUGACCAAUAACUCCAUUUACCACGUUACAGGCGGGCGUAUUAUAUGCUUGCCUUAGCGACACUCUUGUUGUGUGUGCUAUAGAGAAGUGACAAACUAAAUGACAAUUUGAUAAAAUCCACCAGAAUACAGAUUCUGUCAUAUCUCUGAGAAAAAUAUUGAGAAAAGACCAUGUUCAGAAAACCACCUCAGGUUCCCUAGUUAUAUGAAGAAUUUGUUUAUUUUUCAAUCUGCAGUAUCCAGAUGAUCCAGGUAUGCAUAAUGUAGGUGGAUUGCCAGGGGUUAGUGCCUCCAGACUACCAUCUACCUAUAGUAAGAGAGGAGACUCCACGUUUGUCGAACGUGUAAGCAACAGCUUCACAGGGUCCUUGCUAGGGCUUGGUCUUGUAGCUAUUGGACUUUUCAGCAUCACAGUCAAUGAGAGCUUUGCUGCAUAUGUCUCAUGGCAGCUGGAUGAUGGCUUGCGCAAUAUUAUCCCUUUGGAAUCCAGUGAGGUGAUAUUUACAGAAAAUAACAAUAAGCUUAUACAUGUUACGGGAAAGCUACGAACAACUGAGCCCCUGGUUGAUUCUCAGUUUGGUAUAUCAGUCAGAGCAGUGAAACUACGUCGUCAUGUCCAGAUGUAUCAGUGGGUUGAACAUAGGAAGCAAUUAGCAGGAGAUGAUAUCCAAUAUACAUACACUAAAGAAUGGAAGUCAGAGCUCAUUGACAGUGACACUUUUGAAAACUCUGCCAGGCACACCAAUAAAAAAGAAAUGUCUGUCCAAGGCACUACAUUUGUUGCAAUCAGAGCUUAUAUUGGAAACUUCCAGUUGAAGGAGCCGUUGAAGGAAAAGAUUGAAAGCUUUGACCCUUAUAUCGCCAACCAGCAACCACCCAAUCCAAGCAUCAAACUACACAAUGGAUUUUAUUACUUCUCACUUCCAAACAGACCUAUGAUAGGAGAUGUGAGAGUGACAUUCAGCUAUGCUGGUGUGAGUGGUCCGGAGAACAGCAUUAUAGGGCCACCUGCUACUGUGAGCAUAAUUGCAAAGCAAGCAGGAGGAAUUCUGACUAAUUAUGUAGAUAACAGUGGUACAGCAAGAGAGAUGGUUCAGAUGGGAAAAUGGUCUGCAGAGGAAAUGCUGAUUCACCAUUUGAAUUUCCAGACGUCACUGACAUGGUGUUUAAGGAUUGGAGGAUGGUUGAUGGUAUUCUUAGGAUUUUUUUUUAUGAAACUCAUCAUAUUCUAUGUCAUGGAUCUGGUACCUGCCUUGCAGAAGAUAGCAUCAUUUGGUCUGAUCAACUUCAAUCUAUGCUCUUCAUUUUCACUAGCAUUAGGUUUUGCAGCCUUAUGUUAUAUAAUGACCAGACCCUUUCAAGCACUUCUCAUGAUGACUAUAGCAUUACUUCCAGCAAUCAUUGCCUUUCUACGUCAUAAAAAAUCACACAAGGAAAGUUUGAGAUUAUGAGUACAUACCAUCAAUUAAAAUUAUAUUUUUUCCAGAUUAAUUUGUAUUCAUAAAUGUAAUAAAAUAUUUAUUUUAGUAUUUUUGUUUUAGGAUUGAGAUUGAUUGUAAGAUCGUUUAUUUGUAGGUGGUGAAGAGGUGUUUAAAAAUUCAAACAAACUAACAAGUUAACAACCUUUAAAAGAUACGAGUUAUCAUUAACAAAAUUGUACAAAUUGACUAUGAUAUAGUAUUCGAUUUAGAGUGAAGAAUUUUCUACUUUCUACUCUUUUUUAGAUUUUACUUUAAGGAAUUGCAAUUUUAAAAAGAGCUUUAAGAUACUACUUUACUUUGAAUUAACAGAUGUAAUGUUUUUUAAUGUUUUUUCUUCAAUCAAAUAUGUUGUUUGCAUAUGGCUAUUUUCAUUUUCUAUGAAUAUUAUUCUUUUAAUCAUGCAGUUUUUAUUGAAUUGAUAUUCUUUUACAAAAGUAGAGCAAGGUUGCAACAUUUCAUGUGAAAACAUAAGAUUGUUCCUAGAAAAUGAUUCUUCGCCAUACCUCUAUCAAUUCAGAAUCUAUCAUGGUACAAUGUAAGAAGAACUUUAGGGCCCUCUAUAGUCUGAGAUGAGCAAGUAAGUUUAGUCUUAUUCCUCAGACUCCUUGAUAAGUAUCAUAUGGCAUGUCUGCAAGCUUAUGCAUGUAUGCAUGUAAGAUUGUACCAUUAUUCAGUGCCUAUUCAAGAGAUGAUGUAAGCAAGGAAUGUAUAAAAUACAAAUGAAAUGAGCCAUCUAUUGCUGAGCUGACUGUUGUAUGGUCACGUUUCUUUUGUCUUCAGUAUGAAGUGAGAAAAUACAUGUUACUGAGCCCCCCCCCCCCCCCCCCCCAUCCUCAAUAUCCCCUGAAAGUUGCAAAAUAGCCCUUAAAUUAUCAUAGGGCCUAAUAGACACAUAAUUUGGAAAGCACAGGAGCAGGGACUGAAGCCGCCAUAAUUUUCCUUGCUCUUCAGGGGUUUUUCUUGUCACCUGCCAUCAUUUUCACUAAGUGUACCAAGAUGGUUAAAUUAGUGAAUAAAAAUAUAUUUGUUUUGCUAUUUUGACUAGUCUGUUGAAUAUCUAUAUCCUGAGAAAAUAUAGAUUCUUUAACAGUCUCAUUUAGGUAUUGCACUAUCAUAGUAUAAAAAAAUUGAAUUGAAUUGAAUCGCAUACUUUUAACACUCCAAACUAGCAUUUAAACUCGUGUUUUUUUGCUGAAAUCCUUAUGGACAAUCAGUUCAUGAAAUCAGUGACGAUUGUAUUACUGUAGAUUACUGCUAUACCUGGUUUGGGGAUGAAUUCUAAUUAUUGUUUGUAAAUCAGUUAUGCAUAGUAUAACUAAACACCAAACUAUCAAGCCCUACUUGGUAUCUGUACAACCCAACUGCUGGUAAAGUAUUAGAUAUUUCCUCCAAAUAGGGAAUAAGAUUGUGUGUAUCCAUGUUUUUAAAGCAGCUGUUAGUUUAUGUGCUGAAAGAAUAUCCAAUAUUGUAUUGCAUGGUUUAUAAAAGUGUCGAUGUGCCCAAGAUAUUUGCAGCUCUUUGAGAUUUAAAUGUAUGUUUAUUACAUAUUAAGUUUCCAAUUAAGUUAAGAGUAAGCUUAUUAUGUACCAGUAUGAAACUAAAACUAAAAAACCUUAGUAACACUUAGUCUUAUUUUAUAAAUAUUUUGUAAAAUCAUUCCAAGUAACCUUUUCUUAAACAUCGUUACUGUAGUCGAUAUUCAAAUUGAUUAUUGCAUUGAUCAAAAUAUUAAUUUAUCUUCUUUCAUUUCUUUCACAGUAUCUGUUUAGCCCAUCAACAAUUCUCAUAGUCUAAUCCAUCAAAUUUAAUUGGUCAGCAGCUCUUAUUGUAGCUUGGUGACAAACAUUAAUUUUGUUCAUAUCAUAUUAAACCAACAUUGUUCACUUAAUAUUGAUGUGCUUUAUUGUACAGUGUCUGACUAUGCCUGAGAGUUAACCCUCAGCAUUUUGCAUUAUUCAGCACUGAAUCUUAGGAUUAUAUUAUAAGGAUAGGAUAUCAUUCAUCCUUUCAUAUUACUAACUUCACAUACUUGAACCAUAAAAACCUUGCCUCAGAGAGAAAUCAUUUUCAUUACUUCCUUUUCAUAUAUAGUGCCAUCUAGUGUGAGUCACAAGAAAGCCAUGAAAUGGUUUGUAUUAACUUUGUUUUAAAUUAGUAUGAAAACGGAGGUUGCCCAGCAAGGAAAUUUGGAAAGGAAGUGACAGAAUUCAUUUGUCUGAAAAGAGAGUUUCUUUCGGUUAUGACUCAAAAUUUAUUCAUUUGGGACAUUCAAAAGUUCUAAUAUUAAACUUUACUACAGUCCCAUGGAUAUUGCAUGCAUACUAUCUUUGAGUAUCAAUAUACAUAUUGACACUUUUGGAGUAGUGUAUUACUAUUAGUAGUAUACAUACACAAUGUAUAUUAAAAGCAAGUAAAAAAGAAAGCUUGAUCAUUGUUUGGGAAUGGAGAUUUUAUUUUCUUAAGUUACAAAACUAUUUAGGAAAGGUCAGUAAAAUGAAUUAUACUCAGUAUCGUUCUACAUUCCAAUAUUACAAAAGUGUAGUGGUCAGUAAUGUUUUACAGCCAUUAGAAUUCAAAUUUGGCAUUUUUCUUCAGCUGUUAUAAUUUAAAUUUGGCAUCUAGUGCCCUCAUUCUUGGUAAUGAAAUUUAUUGAAAAGAGAUGGCUUCAUCUUCAUUACAAAAUACUGUGUUUUUUUUAAUCUAAAAAUUACAUGUAUAUCAAACUCGCCUUAGGCUAUCCCCCC